CUUUUUUAGUGAUCAAUUUAGAGCCCUAGUUACGAUAAAUGGAUAAUAAUAGUGUUCCAUUUGUAAGUAAGUAAAAUUGUCCCAAUGUGGCGGAAUUUGGCGCAAUAGGAAUGUCAAAAUGGCGGAAAAAGUAUUUAAAAAUCCGGCAACCCUGGUUGGGAAGUCUGUUCACAGUCCAUUUUUCUAGAAGUUCUUGGUUGAACCCGAGUGCAUGCAUACAGCCAAAGAAGAAUGGAAUGAAGCCCCUCCUGGCCUAGACUCUGGCCUCUCUAGACUCUCCCAGCCAGUUGAGAGAUAGAACGCAGUUAGUUACCCAGGGUACGUCCGUUGGUCUACACUAGAGUCCACACUAGAAUCCACACUAGAGUGUACACCGUCCACUGAACACGGAUAAGAUAACACAGAGGAACAGAGAGAGAAAGAGAGAGAGAAAAAGACAAGUCCUGUUUGAGUGAGGGAGUUUCGACACCCACCUCCUCCUCCUGCACCCGCCCCGCCACUCCUGGAUCAGCUCAAUCAGCUCACAAUCAGGAUCAUGGCGGCUUGCCCUCCGCAUUGCGCCCGCAUCCUGGCCUUCCUGGCCCUGAUCACGGCCUUGCUACUAUUGUUGGGCGGAGUGCUCGUUUUGGUGUUCGACCAUCAGCUCUUCACCUCCAUUUUGGAGAAGAAUUUCCCCAUCGUGCCCGGCUCGCCCGUAUACCCGCAUUGGCUCAAACUGCCCGUGCCCAUGUACACGUCCAUCUACCUGUUCAACAUCACCAACUUGGCGGCUGUGCAAGAGGGGCACAAGCCCAUUUUGCAGGAGGUGGGGCCUUUCGUCUAUGAGGAGGUGCACGAAAAGGUCAAGGUUGUGCCCAACCCGCUCAACCACACCGUGACCUAUGAACAACGACGGACCUACCGAUUUGUGCCCGAGCUAUCCCGGGGAGCCUUGAGCGAUCGGGUCACCAUCUUGAACCCGCCGGGCGCCACGGUCAAUUUCCUGGCCGCCAAGGCCUCGGCCUUUGUUCGCCUUACCAUUGAUGUGGGCCUGAAAAUGAUCAAAGAGCCGCUUUUUGUCACGAAGACGGUGGGCGAGAUUCUGUUCGAGGGAUACUCGGAUCCGUUGCUGACCGCCACGGCCAUAUUGCCUGACAUCAUUAUGCCCACCAAGAUGGACAAGUUUGGCUUCUUUUACGGCCGAAACGGGUCCGACUGGUUCGAUGGCGUGUUUAACAUGUACACGGGUGAGCAGAAUCUGUCCCGAUUGGGCCAGAUUGCCAGCUGGAACUACACCCAGCAGUUGCAGUACUAUCCGGCCCAUUGCGGUCGCGUGGGCGGCGCCGGGGAUUUCUUUCCGCCCGCCCGUCAACGCACCUCGGUCAGUUUGUUCAGCAACGACUUGUGUCGCCCCAUUGAGUUGAGUUACCAACGGGACACGGCCAUUGACGGGAUCCAGACCUAUCGCUAUGUGGUCCAGCCCGACUACUUGGCCAACCGAACGGUGCGGGCCAGUAAUUGGUGCUUCAACCCGGAGAAUGAAGUCCCGUCGGGCGUGUACAAUGCCACGGCCUGUCGGCAAGGUGCGCCCGUGUUCAUGUCUCAACCGCAUUUUUAUCAAGCUGACCCCUACUACGCCGCCCAAGUGGAUGGCCUGCGACCCCAGGCUGACCGGCACGAGACGGCUUUCGAGCUGGAGCCUCAAACCGGCGUGCCCUUGACGGUUAAGGCCCGAUUUCAGGUCAAUUUUCACCUGCAGCCCGUGCCGCAAGUGGCCUUGUUCAAGUCCAUCAAGACGGACCUGUUCUUCCCAGUGAUGUGGACGGAGACUCACGUGGGAUUCCAAGAGUCGCUGGCCACCGAGAUGUGGUUUCUGUCCCAUUUGAUCAAUAUUUGCAGUAUCCUGGGCUAUGGCAUGAUGGCCAUCGGUAUGGGCGUGUUGCUUUCGUUUGUGGUUAUGGGUGUGAGCUAUCACGUGUCCAAGGUUCGGGGUAAUGCUCAGGAUAGCGCCAUCUUGAAUGCCAAUCUCAUACCCGACAACAUGGAGGAUUCCGAGUAGAAUAGGCCCACUCACCCCCCGAAUCAAAAUCAACCCGUCAUCUGAUAUGUCAGUUACUCAUCGAGUGUAGUCGUGACAGUGCAUUAGUCUGUGAUAUUCAUAUGUAAGUACUUCAAUAAUGGCAUCGCUGGCCAUUCUUUUUACUCUCAAGAAAAAUUGAUCAUGAGUUUGAACCCAUUUUUUAUGUAUUGAAAUAAAUCAUUUAUCCCCAG